AUGCCUCCUACCUCAAUAUUGCUCAAUUGCUUUCGUUCUUCAGCUGAACUUUCAAUUCCAAUUGAAAUAGCUUCAGGUCCUGAAAGCCUUGCCUUCGAUUGUGAAGGUCGUGGACCUUAUGCUGGAGUUUCUGAUGGUAGAGUCUUGAGAUGGGAAGGUGCUGAGCAUGGUUGGACGCAAUUCGCUGUCUCUUCGAGAUACAGGUUGAGUAACUUGUGUGAUGGUUCUAAUAACCCACGACUGGAACCCUAUUGUGGAAGGCCAUUGGGAUUGGAGUUCAAUAACAUCACAUGUGAGUUAUAUAUAGCAGAUUCCACGUUUGGCCUUUUGGCAGUGGGACAGAAUGGUGGAUUUGCAACUCAACUUGCCGCUGGUGUUAACGGUGUUCCCUUUUUAUUCGUUAAUGGAUUGGACAUCGACCAAAACACUGGGAUUAUUUAUUUCACAGAUAGUAGCACUAAAUUUCAUAGAAGUGAAUAUGCAGCUAUAAUCCUUAGUGGCGACCUAACAGGGAGGCUAUUAAAAUAUGACCUAAGCACCAGAAUCGUGACAGUGUUGCUUGGGAGCCUUGCAUUCCCAAAUGGAGUCGUCGUAAGUCAUGAUGGCAUAUUUGUCCUUGUCACUGAGACGACUACCGGUAGAAUCCUGAGAUACUGGCUUAAAGGCCCCAAAGCUACAACCAAGGAUAUCUUCAUCCAACUCCCAGGACAACCAGACAACAUUAAAAGGAAUGCAAGAGGAGAAUUUUGGGUAGCAAUGAACCCUUUUCAAGGAGGACCACGUUUCAUGCCACUCCCACCAAUUCCGUCCAUCUCGCAUUCUCAAGCCAUGAAGUUAGAUGAAAAUGGGAUGGUUAUGGAGGUGUUUGUGGGUAAUGAUGGAAGCAGAUUGGAGGCUAUCAGUGAAGCACAAGAAAAGGAUGGAUAUUUAUGGAUUGGUUCUGUUGUUUCCUCUUAUGUUAGUGUUUUUAGGAUCUAGAAUGUAGCUUUAGUAAUCUAUGUCAUUUGAGUUUUGGAAUGGAUGUUACACUUCUAC